AUGUGGUGCGAUACAAGACACGACAACUUCAUCGCGAAUAGUGUGUGGCUGAACGAAAGAAACCGUUUGUCGAUGUUCGCUGAAGGACCGACGGCGAAUUAUUUCGCAAAAAUUUUAGAAACACUGGCAAAUUUGUUGACGAUCGACGAUUGUAUGUGGUGCGAUACAAGGUUAUUGCUGAAUGAUUGGGUGCAUGGAAUAGCGUUCGGAAUGAGCAACGAUGUGCUGCAAGAGGUGUCGCAG